AUGAUUGCAUCACCCUUCACCUCGCUUGCAGCAUUUAAAAACAAAAUAGAAUAUGAGCUUAAUGGAAAUCACACAAGCGAUAAAAAUCUUCGUCACAAUUUGCGCUCAGGCAUUAAUGAAUUGCGAUGCUUACAAGGCCAUUUGGACAGGGAAUGUUUGUUCCAACUUAUCGCCUGUCCCAAUGAUGGUUGCACAGAGAAAGUUACGAGAAACGAACUUAAAGGGCACGAACAAACUUGUACAAAAAGGGGAGUCAAUCAAGAGCUCAAAAUCAAAAAGUUGGAAUCACUGGUAAACCAAUUAACUGAAAGAUUGAGCAUAUGUGAGAAUCAAAUGCAAGAUUCGUAUCGCUUGAUUGCAAAUUUAAAUGGUCAGAUCAUAUCUUUGAAAUCUCCAACUAAAACGAAAUUGGUUGGCUACUAUCAAUGGAACAUAACAGAUUAUUCCCGUAAAUGUUCUAAAGGAAGAAUUGGGAGCUGUCCUUUUGUAACGUUGAACGGAUAUAACUGUUUACUUCACGCCGAAUGGACCGGCAAAGAUAAAACACAAUUUGGAUUAUUUUUUGGUCUUCUUGUUGGUGAAAGAGACGAUGACCUUGUUUGGCCUUUUAACAUGAAAGUUUCAUUUGAAUGCUGCAGCAUGGAUAAUGAAAAACGCGUUCAUAGUCUGGAUAGAUCCACGGCUAAUGACGAUACCUGGGGAAAAAGACCUACUAAAAGGUCCGGAGAUAAAGGGUGGGGCUUUCCAAAGUUUUUAUCACAACCAGACAUUCAUAAGUUUAUCAUAAACAAUGCCAUAGUCAUAAAUUGUUACAUCGAAACAAUAAAUUAAAAUAUUAUGGUGGUUUUGAUUUAUUCUUCCAAUAAAAGAUAUGCAAUGAGAAAAUUCAGAAAAGAUGUCUGUCAAAGUAGUCAUUAUCUUAGGAGUUGUUGACAUGAAAAAAAUAUAUCUCUUGGUGAUUUUUUGUCUUUUUAUUUUUAAAAUUGUCGUUAUAAUUACAAAUUUAUUGACCUUUCGCGUGUAAAGGAAGAUAAAAGUCUCUUUAAGCGUCGUGUGAAUCAUUUUUUGGAAAUAUACAGAUAGAUAUAUUUUUGGUAAACAAGGUUAGGAAUCGUUAAGAACGUUAAUGUAAAUCAAAAACCAGA